AAGACGCCAAGAUGGCGGCGAGCAGCUCUUCCGGCUUCGCACAGGGCGCCGGCCCGCAGUCCAGCACCCAGCCGCCCCCAGCCUUUCCUCUCCCGGCCUCCGGGGCCAGUUACUCCGUGCAGCCGGCUCCAGGGAUGGACCCCUCUGUGAACCUGGCCUUCGCCCCGGCAGCCCAGCCGCCCAGCCCUGGAGCCCCCGCAGGGUAUGGCUGCUACCAGCCCCACUCUGGCCAGGACCUUGGUUACAACAACCAGCCCCAGGAGCCUGUCCCCGGGCCCACCUCUGCACCCACCUAUCAGGACACUUACAGCUAUGGACAGUCGACGGCCACCAGGAGCUACGAGGACAGACAGCACUACGAGGCUGCUGCCCAUCAGCCUGGGCCUGAGGCUUCGGACUCGCUGUGCCAGCCAGGACCGAGCCACCCGAGCUACGGGGCGUGUGUGUACUCAGCAGCCAGCGCUUACUACCCUCCGCCGCCCCCCCAGACACAGCCCUCGCCCCCCUCGGGGCCUUCUCAGCAGCUGCAGCCACUGCCACCCCGGCAGCCUUCCCCGCCGCCGUCUGCACCGGUGGGCUCAGUCCCAUGGGGUGGCCCAGGAAGCAGCCCUAGAGACAGCUCCGCUGGCAGCUUCCCUGAGAAGUUUCCCAGCAGGCCACCGAGGCCCAAGGUGGGCCCCAGGCAGCCCCAGCUCCACUACUGCGACACCUGCAGGAUCAGCUGUGCGGGACCCCAGACCUACCGGGAUCAUCUGGAAGGACAGAAGCACAGGAAGAAGGAGGCGGCCCAGAGGACGGGCCUGCAGCCCAACGGCAGCCCAUGCGGGGCGCAGGCACAGCUGCACUGUGGCCUGUGUGCUGUGUCCUGCACCGGGGCUGAGGCCUACGCCGCCCACAUCCGGGGAGCCAAGCACCAGAAGGUCUUCAAGUUGCACACCAAACUGGGGAAGCCUAUCCCCACCAUUGAGCCGACACCCAGGAGCCCUGCCCGCAGCAGCAGACCCGGCCCCCACACCUCGGACAGCGCCCCUGAGGCCUCCACCCGGCCUUCGGCCUCCGCCACGACCAGCCUCCACACUCCAGGCAGGCCAGCCCUGGCCAAGAGGACCGUGGCCUCCAGUGCCCCGCGGGAGGGGCCUCCCAGGACACAGGCAACACGAAGCAGGCCCCCGGAGGGGAAAUCAGCUCGGCACAAGUCGGAGGGGCCAGGAGAGCCACCCUCCCGAGGAGGCCCAUGGGAAGCUCCUGGGGGCUGCUCAGAUGCGGAGCCCGUUGGCCCCGACUACGUGGAGGAGGUGUGCAACGACGAGGGGAAAGUGAUCCGGUUCCACUGCAAGCUGUGUGAGUGCAGCUUCAACGACCCCAACGCCAGGGACAUGCACGUGAAGGGGCGGCGGCACCGGCUGCAGUACAGGAAGAAAGUGGACCCCGACCUCCCCAUUGCCGCCAGGCCCAGCAGCAGGGUGCGGAAGCUGCUGGAGGAGCAGAUGAGGAAGGAGCGGCAGCGGGCCCAGCGGCGGCUGGAGGAGAUGCGGAACUGGUGCUCGGAGCUGAGGCACCAUGAGGCGCGCUGCAGGCAGCCAGAGGAGGAGCCACGGCCCCAGGACAAGGAGCAGCAGCCCGCCUCGCCCGACUGGGCCCCUUCGCCCGCGCUGGGCAGGCUGGGUGUGCCCGCAGUCCCGCUCCCGCCCAGGCGGCGGCCAGAGUCCAGCGAUGACCAGCACGUCAUGUGCAGGCACGCCACCAUCUACCCCACCGAAGCAGAGCUGCUGGCCAUCCAGAAGGCCGUGUCGCACGCAGAGCGGGCCCUCAAGCUGGUGUCUGACGUGCUGGCCGAGGAGGACUGGGGAAGCCUGGAGGAGGAGGGCGGCCAGCGCAGCAGCGCUGUGCCCUCGCCUCGGGUCCUGAAAGGUGUCAUGCGGGUGGGCAUCCUGGCCAAAGGCCUUGUUCUGCGGGGAGACAGGAACGUGCAGCUGACCCUGCUCUGCUCCGAGAAGCCCACACACGCCCUGCUGCGGAGGGUCACCGAGCAGCUGCCCCAGCAGCUCCUGAUACUAACGGACGACAAGUACGAGGUCUCCUCUGACCCCGAAGCCAACAUCAUCAUCUCCUCCUGCGAGGAGCCCAGGAUGCAGGUCACCGUGACCCUCACUUCUCCCCUGAUGCGAGAGGACCCCUCUGGGGACCGAGAAGGAGCGGAGAAGCCUCAGCCCGACCCAGGAGAUGUCCUGAGCCCCGAGAGGUGCCUGGAGUCCCUGGCCGCCCUCCGUCACGCCAAGUGGUUCCAGGCGCGAGCCAGCAGCCUGCAGCCGUGUGUGAUUGUCAUCAGGGUCCUACAGGACCUCCGUCGGCGUGUGCCCAGCUGGGGGGCCCUGCCAGCCUGGGCCCUGGAGCUGCUGGUGGAAAAGGCUCUGAGCAGUGCGUCCAGGUCUCUGGGCCCUGGGGACGCCGUGCGGCGGGUCCUGGAGUGUGUGGCAGCUGGUGCGCUACUAACAGAUGGGCCUGGGCUCCAGGAUCCCUGUGAGAAAGAGCAGAGGGACGUCCUUGGGUCCAUGAGCCUCCAGGAGCGGGAGGACGUGACGGCCAGUGCCCAGCACGCCCUGCGCAUGCUGGCCUUCCGGCAGAUCCACAAGGUCCUCGGGAUGGACCGGCUGCCACCCAGGAGCAGGCCUGGGGCCCGAUUCCGGAAGAGGCCCCGCGAGGCGGGCCCAGCCGAGGAGGGCCCGGGCGAGAGGAAGCGGGGCCGCCAGGGGGGCACAGGGCUGGCCUGAGCCUCUGCUCACCUGGACAGGCCUCGCGGUGGACAGGGCCUCCUCCUCUGCAGUGAGGUCUGUGCCUCCGCUGCGCCGGGUCUCACUGUCCUGGGAACUUAGCUGCCCGAGGCCCUGGGAGCAGCCCGCUGCCCACCAGCAGCCGGCUCAGUGAGCCACAGGGGGCAUCCUCUGUGGCUUCACACGCUUUCUGCAAAAGGGUGUGGGCUGCACGUGGGGGGCGGGGCGGGGAGCAGGUGUGCAGGGGCCCCAGGGACCGUCAGAGCCCCACCCCACCCUGCUGGGCAGCCUGGGGCCAGCAGGGCCACAGACAGGCAGGUGCUGCCAAAGCCCCCAGGCCGCAGCCCCCAGGAAGACCUGUGUCCCUCAGCCACUCCCACCCAGCACCGCCCCCACCCGAGUGCCUUCUGCAGGGGCCGCUCUGUCAAGGGCUCUGUCACCCCCGCAAGGCCUGGAUUCCUCCUUUGGUUCCCCCUGAUUUUGUCCCACCAGGGCCUGAGGCAGGUGGUCCCCAGUGCUCCCUCAGGGCUCCAGCCCAGUAAAAGCAGGGCCAGUGUGGUUGUCCCAUGGCCCUGGGGACACCACCUGCCCAGUCCUCACCCUGCCCCGUUCAGACCUCUCCCUCUUCUUUCCCAAUGGCGUCGAGUAAGAGAAGUCCCUCUGUGCAGACAUGACCUGUGGUCAUGUGACUGCUUUGAUUCCAUCUCUGUGCGUUUGAAGGACAGCCUGUGUGUGGCCCGUGUCUGGGCCUCGGGGAGCCUCGGGGAGCCACCUGGAGACUGGUGGGGAAUAAAGGAGCCCUCUCGUCCGCGUGUGGCCCGUGCUCUCCUUCCGCUCAAGUGCCCCAACCAACACUGGGCCCUCCGCCUGCCUUGCAGGGCCCUGGGGACUGGGCCCCCAACCUCUCUCCCUGAGGCUCUGCCCAUGCAGGGGGCCCCUUUGGACACCAGGAAACACUGGCUAUGUGUGUCCCUCAGCCCAGGACUCUGCCUCAGGCCUCGGGGAGCUCCUGGCCUGGUCCCUGCUGCGAGCCGAGGGCUGGGAGGCCCCAGAGCUUCCUGGGAGGGGCGGGCAUGCGAGCUUGGCAAGAUGGCUCUGCCCACACAGAACUUCCCCGCGGCUUCCCCAGAUCUUCGUCACUAACUUCAGAGGGUGGACAGGGUUCAGAUGAGGAGACCUGGUCACAGUGGCAGGGAGCUGGGGAGGAAGGCGUGGGCAAGGCGGCAGUGGCCCUGUGGGUGGGCAGUGGUGUGUGCACUGCACACAGACGGUGGUGGGCACAGAGGAGUGGGCAGGAGAUCAGCCGGACCCCCUCUGGGCCCCGCCAGGGAGAGGCGCCCACCUGGAGCUGGAGGCCCUGGAGAAGCGGAGCAGAGGACACUGGCCACACGGUAUCUGUCAGGCACUGGAAAGGGCUCAGACCUCCUGCGAAGGCAGGCCAGGCCACUCUGCUCUGCCCAGGGCCCGCCCCUCCAGGAACCCCUGCUGCAGGCACAAAUCGCCCGGUCCUGGGGCGGGCCUCCUUCAGCCCCCACCCUUGCCCUGUUCCCUCUGCUCCGCGCCUCCUGCACAGGGUUCCACUCCCUCCCCACCUCGGGGUCCGCAGGCCAUUCACCCAGCUUCCCAGGCUGACCUCCCCACCUCCUGGGGCCUGGCCCUCAUGGCCAAUGUGCCAGGAAAGCCUGUCACACCAAUUCUGUCUCCAGCCUCAGCAACAGUCACUGCUUUAGCCCUGGGGGACCCCAGUGUGCUCAGGAUAAAACUGCAGAUAAAUAAAGACCCCACCACCUGCCAACUGCGCCCCUGUCAGUCUGCUGCACUCAGCCUAUCCUUGGAGGAGCCAAACAGACCUGCCCCAGGGCCUUGGCACAUACUGGUACCCCUGCCUAAUGAGCUCUCUCCUGGCUCCUGCUCCUCCCCUUCCCCAGGCCUCUGCUCCAGUGUCAGCUCCUCAGAGAAGCCUCCCUGACCACCUCGACCUGCCACUAACCCUGUUGUCAUUUCACUAGAUGUGACUGCAAGCAGGAGGCCUGGGUGGGACCUCAUGGUCCCAGGUCCACACGGGAGUAGCUGAAUAAAUAACUGUUCAAGCCAA